AUGUGUCCACUCACUGAAACCUCUUCUCUUGCAGAGGCGCACAUGUGCUGGCACUGGGCCUAAGGCAACCAUCAUGGAGCCCCUCUUCCUGGCCUCCACACCUGGCCUAAAUGCCUCGGCUGCUUCUGGAGGUGACCAUAACUGGACGCUGGUAGGGCCUGCACCCACCAUGGGAGCUCGGGCAGUGCUAGUACCUGUGCUUUACCUACUGGUGUGCACUGUGGGGCUGGGCGGCAAUGCACUGGUCAUCUACGUAGUGCUGCGGCAUGCCAAGAUGAAGACGGUCACCAAUGUGUACAUCCUAAACCUGGCUGUGGCAGAUGUGCUGCUCAUGCUGGGGCUGCCCUUCCUGGCCACACAGAAUGCCAUCUCCUACUGGCCCUUUGGCUCCUUCUUGUGCCGCCUGGUCAUGACAUUGGAUGGCAUCAACCAGUUCACCAGCAUCUUCUGCCUAACGGUCAUGAGCGUUGACCGCUACCUGGCUGUAGUCCAUCCACUCCGCUCUGCACGGUGGCGUCGCCCACGGAUAGCCAAGCUGGCCAGUGCUGCUGUCUGGGCCUUCUCACUGCUCAUGUCACUGCCACUCCUGGUGUUUGCAGAUGUUCAAGAGGGCUGGGGCACCUGUAACCUGAGCUGGCCGGAGCCCGUGGGACUGUGGGGCGCGGCCUUCAUCACUUACACAUCUGUACUGGGCUUCUUUGGGCCUCUGCUGGUCAUCUGCCUGUGCUACCUGCUCAUAGUGGUGAAGGUGAAAGCUGCAGGUGUGCGGGUGGGAUCCUCACGGCGGAGGCGCUCAGAGCGCAAGGUGACUCGCAUGGUGGUAGUGGUGGUUCUGGUGUUUGUGGGCUGCUGGCUUCCCUUCUUUAUUGUCAACAUUGUCAACCUGGCCUUCACACUGCCUGAGGAGCCUGCCUCUGCUGGCCUCUAUUUCUUUGUGGUGGUCCUGUCUUAUGCUAACAGCUGUGCCAACCCCCUGCUUUAUGGCUUUCUCUCUGACAACUUUCGUCAGAGCUUCCGGAAGGUUCUGUGCCUGCGCAGAGGCUAUGGCAUGGAAAAUGCAGAUGCCAUGGAGCCACGGCCAGACAAGUGUGGUCGACCACAAGAGGCCAUACUGCCCAUGCCCAGCUGUGAGGCCAAUGGGCUCAUGCAGACCAGUAGGCUGUGA